AUGGCUCCUACAAAGCAGACUGCCCGCAAAUCGACCAAACUGGCUACAAAAGCCACUCGCAAGAGUGCACCCUCUACUGGAAGGGUGAAGAAACCUCGUCGUUACAGGCCUGGGACUGUGGCACUCCGUGCAAUUAGACGUUAUCAGAAAUCCACUGAAAAUCUGAUCUGCAAACUUUCUUUCCAGCGUCUGGUGCGAGAAAUUGCUCAGGACUUCAAAACAGAUCUGGGAUUCCAGAGUACAGCUAUUGGUGCUUUGCAGGAGGCAAGCGAGGCCUAUCUUGUGGGCUUCUUUGAAGACACCAACCUGUGUGCUAUCCAUGCCAAAUGUGUCACAAUUAUGCCAAAAGACAUCCAGCUAGCGCGCCGCAUACGUGGAGAACGUGCUUAAGAAUCCACUAUGAUGGAAAACAUUUCAUUUCUUAAAAAAAAAAAAAAAUUAU